GGCCGCGCUGUUUGCGCCGUGCAGCCGCUGGUAUCGCUGGUCUCUGGUCUCUGGUCUCUGGCUUCACACCGUCGCUAUGCUGCAGAUGAAUGACUCGGUGGAGCCGGAUGCAGCCGUGCUCCCGACCGAGGGCAUCGCGGCCUCGGGUUUCCCGGCGGGAGCCGCUGCCGGAGGCGAGUCGCCACCCUGCGAGGCAGCAGCAGCGACGGCGGCGGGCAGCGGCUUGGAGAGCACGGUUCCCGCGGCCUACGGCGUCGAGACCCUGACUCCGUUCAGUGUGAAGGAUCCCACGCUGCAGGCCAGGAUCAAGGACUACUUCGUGUUCAGGCCAGGGACAAUUGAAAAGGCUGUUUCAGAUAUUCGAUCUAUUGCCAUACCAAUAGAGGAUGGAGGUGUGCAGAGUGUGUGGCUGCUGACAGAAAUCGACCACUGGAACAAUGAGAAGGAACGCCUGGUGCUAAUAACCGAGCGAUCGCUGCUCCUUUGUAAAUAUGACUUCAUCAGCCUCAUUUGCCGACAGGUUAUACGAAUUUCACUGAACGCAGUGGAUACUAUUUCAAUUGGAGAGUUUCUUUUUCCUCCAAAGUCUUUGAAUAAGAGAGAGGGACAUGGGAUUCGGGUCCAGUGGGAUAAACGGGAGACUCCAUCCUUUAUUAAUCGCUGGAAUCCAUGGUCCACUGACAUGCCAUAUGCCACUUUCACUGAACAUCCCAUGGCAAAUGCAGAUGAGAAGAUUGCAUCUCUCUGCCAGCUGGGGAACUUUAAGACCCAAUUAAUCCAAGCAGUGAAGAAGGCGCACAAAGAGGCACCACUGCCAGGCCGGGCCAAUGGAGUGCUGAUCUUGGAGCGGCCUCUUCUCAUCCAGACUUAUGUUGGGCUAAUGUCCUUCAUCAACAAUGAAGCUAAACUGGGCUAUUCUAUGUCAAGGGGAACAAUUGGAUUUUAAAGUAAAGAAUUUGAGGUAUUCCAUAUUACCUCUUCUGCACUCUUUCAAUUUACAUUAGUCCAAUCUUCAGUUAGGAAAUGGACAGCUUUGGGUGCAUGUCAGGAAGUUGGAUAAACUGGGUGAGAUUGUACUCUUCCCUGAGAGCGCACACAAUCAUAGCAUGUGGUGCAAUGAUAUUUUUAAGAACACAUUGCUUCUGUAAUAUUGCAUAUUAUAUACAAAAUGCAGCAUUGCAAUUGGAAAAUGAUUAGCACAGUGUUCUGCUUGUAUCGUAGGUGUUUAUUGAUGGACUUGCUUCCAUGCUUGUUUUUGCAAUCUAAUGGAAACUGGUCAUUUUAGUUACUAUUAUUAUAUCACCUGUGUUUUAGUCAGAGACAAAAGUGAGAGGGGCAGGUAUUGUAGUGUGCUUUCACUUCUUGGAUUCUGGUUCAAAUACAGCACAAAAGCAGACUUUGAGAAAAAGCUGCAAUGAUUGGGUUUAAAAUCAAACCAGAUAUUGUGAAUGUUGUCUGAUAGUUGUUCUGAAGUAAGGACAGUCUGACACAAUCACUAAGUGACUGCUGUACAAAGUAAUGGCAUAUGGUCACUGAGUAAAGUUACUGGACAGCAACCAUAUUUGGAUCUAGUGAGUUUGGAUCCUAUCGUAGUUGGGGAAAUUAAUUUCUAGUAACUAAAUGUGGAACUUAAAAUGUGGAUCUAUUGUUGUAAAACCCCAUCUGGUUCAUUAAAAUCCUUCAGGAAAGGAGAUAUUAUCCUUACCUGGUCUGACCCAUUUUCUCACUAUUAUUGACUCUUAACUGGCUUUUUAAAUUCAGGAGCAAUUGGGGAUGGAUAACAAAUGCUACUAUUCACAGUAUCACCCACAUCUGUAAAUCAGUUACUAAUUCAUUCAACCAUCACUUCUAAAGGAAACUGCUACUGCAUGUAAUACAUGAAGUUGCACUACUGCAUUUUAUCGACACUGACCUGAUAGCCAGAGACCCCGGAACAGAAGCAAUUUUGUGAUCUGGUAUAGGAGCAGGAAGGUUCAGAAGUACAAGUAAUUUUUAUUCAACAAGCACAAACUGUUCAAGUUGCAUUGAAUUAAUGAAAAACAGCACCAGUCAUGCAAACAUGACCAGCCAAAAAUCAACAGCCUGGCAAUGUGGCAAGGUUUAACAACUCAUUUUUACCAGCAUUUUCACUGGGGUUCCCAACUCCAUGUUGACACCUGAUCUUUAUUACAAAAGCUACUAUCCUUCAAUGAAGAAAUGCAUUUAGUAUACAGAAUCCAUGUUCAAAUCAAAUGUUCCAAUUUUUGAUGUGACAUGAAAUACUAGCGACCAAAUGCCUGCAGCAACUAACAUGACCUUUCCCAUUCUUAAAAUUCCAUAACUUGUGAAUCCACCAUGCAGGAUUUUAGCUGAAGGAAAAUCAAAACUCAUGAGCUGCUGAAACUACUACAAAUGACCAAAAGUGCAAUUUAAAUGCCUUGACUGAAAUAGAAAUUAUAGUUCAAUUGUGCCUUUUAAAAUCUUUUUAAAAAAAUCAUUAAGCUUCUAACAAGCUGUGAGUUGUCAUUGGAAUAAAUGAUAUGAAUCUCUAUUUAAAAAAAAACAAUUGCUUCAUUAACCCCCUACGGAGAAGAAAAAUGCAAGUAUUUAGUCUCCCAUUGCAGGGUUAAUAAGCAAUUUUCUGCUAAGUGGGUAUGGUAAGUCAUACAGAUGUGAAUACAAUUACAUACAAAUGCCCACAACCAUCAGGCCAGUCAAUAAGGCAAAGCACAUUUUCACAAUAUUUAGAAGCCAUAAUAUUUCAUGGUAUAAAUAUACAUGGCAUUCACUGAUCUUACUUAACCAAAUUAUUCCAGCUCUGGUACUACAAAAAUUCUCUCAAAAAAAAUACAGAAAUGGGAGUCAUUAACCCUCCUGCUCCCUAACAGACUUAAAAGGGUGCAUAUAAAAUUGUACUGUUGCAGGAGAAGCUAAGUUAGUUCAACAUGUCAGGUGGCAAAGAAAGUGGCACAUUUGCAAACUACAUUCAGUUUUAAAGUUAACUAGUUAUGUCAAAAAAAAGAGCUAGUUGUUAAAUCCAUCAGUUACAAAUAGUUGAGAAAAGAUGCUUUAAAUAGAAUAAUGCAUCUCCUCUAUAAUUCCAGUAUUUUGUGUUUAUUUCUGUAUUUCAAAAGCUAUCACAAAUACAAAUAAAGCUGACCAUUAAAUAUGGAA